CAUUGUGGUAGAGACAUCCAGCUGCUCUUCUAUCUCUCCGCUCUCAGUGAUGCUUAAUAAGAUUAGCUGUUCGACUUGGCCUGCAUCAGUGCAAAGGGGUCAAUCGCAGGAUUAGCACCUUGCUUAACGGUUACAUCAGUUUAUUACUUUUUUCCCCCUCAUUACUUUGACUCCCACUUCUGGCUCUGUGUGGGACAUUUUUUUUAUUUUUUUUAUUUAUUUUUUUUUAGCCUCCAAAGCAUUUUUGGCACCAGUAAUUUAGUCAUUGGAGUGGAAUCAGUGCAUCAUGCAGCUUUGGGACAGAGUCUGUCUCAGCCAUUGAAUGAAGAAUCUUCCAGGGGAAGAAGAGGAGCAGAGGCAGCCGGAGAAGUGAACAGCUGGGCCAAACCUACCUGCUGUGGCAGAGUCUGUGACUCUGGACAAGCCAUCCUCAUGCCACUUGUAAAUAACAAAGUAGGCGACGAUUGCACAGUAGGCACAGACAAGGCUUUGGUUGAUGGAAAGGCUCAGGUGGAUUCUUUGAUAAAGGUGGUGGCAUGUUACCGACACUUGGCCUCAUAUGUCGGUGGUUGCACGGACAGCUUGCAGCUGCGGGAUGAGUUGCGGCAAACACGAGAAAAGGCCCUAACGUUGGCCGUGUCCAUCUGUAAUCAUCUGACCUCACAUCUCCGGAACAAGAGCCUGCCUGAGGGGCAGCGGAAGGAGAUGGAGCUCCUGUGGGUGGCCUUCUCCUCCAGCCUAGAGCUCCUCCACGUUGACAUGUGCAAAGUUUUCAACAUCAGUGACAUCUUCUCUCUGGCCAACACCGAUGCCCUGGUGCAAACUGGCCUACAAGGAGGAGGCAGUGAGGUAGCAGCCCGAGCACUCAGUCUGCCAGACCUGAACCUAGCUCCGAAUCCAACCCUCUCUGCUGGGCUGGAGAGCCAAGAGCGCAGCACCAUGGAGCAGGAGAUCAGCCAAAUGGACCACAUGAUCGAUGACAUGGAGAUGAAAGUGAACGUGAUGCGCUGGAUGGUGGAGCCCCAUGGGCCCCAGUAUGCAGAGGUGCUCAGCAGCAGUGACAGCGCCUCCCUGGCUCUGCUCUCAGUGGAUGAGGAGCAGCCUGGACACCAGCCUCCAUGCCAGCGCAGUCACAUCCAUGUGCUCUUAUUGCUGUUUGCUGUUGUUUUGGUUGCAGCCACUUUAUCUGUUUGUAUAAUCUUUUUCACAUGAGCAAAACCUUAAUACACUCAACUUUGUUUUUUUUCUGUAAAACUUCAACAACGCUCAGUAACACUGACUCUUUGCGUACUUGUUCCAAAAGGAAUUUUCAAAAAAAUAAUACAAAUUUAUAAUAAUAACAACUAAAUGAUCUACUAGUGCAUGAAAUACACAGAAAUAAAUCUGGGUGCAAACCAGUUUGCCAUUUAUUGCAGUAAAUCCAAAGAUGCCAUACACUUUAAACUAUCUUUGUUGAACAAAGUAAUAAAAAUACAUGGUUGCCAUUUAAUGGCUUUAAAAUGUCAACUGGUGUAAAGUAAAAAUAAUUAUUACGAUCUAGAACAGGUUGAUUUUUACCUCGAAAAAAGAUAGAGCUCAUACUUCCCUUUGUUACAGUACAUUCUCCUUUCCUUAAAGACACUUGUCACAUUUUAUUCCUUUUUUUGAUUGAGUGUUAUUUAUUGUGUAUAUAAUCUGUGCUGUAGAGAACUGACAAUGUGUAGUUAUGCAUUCUAAAAGUAUCAACUUUGAUAUGACUGUGUUGUGUUUUCCAUUCAUUCUUAUUGAUUAACACUUUUGGUGAAGCACCCAAUCAUUGUAUGCAAAUCAUCAUGAAAUGUGCAGAAUUCAAAUGGCAUUAAACUAACCAUUGUACUGC